UACGCGUCCAGCAAUAGAACACCAGAGUCCAGAGAGUCCAGAGAUAUUUUUUAUCAUGGCGAGUUCUGCUGCUGUUGUUGCAGCUCCUGCUCUCCUCCAACCUAACCUGCGAGGUCCCGCUGUGCUGUCGGGGAGGUCGUCUCCCCAUGCGGUUGCUGGGCGGACUACGAGGAGAAGGAAGGGAGUGGCGGGGGUCGUGCGAGCUUGCUUCAAUCCUCUCGGGGACGAGCGCAUCCUCCUAGAAGCCAUCAAGGAGCCAGUGGCGUUCAUGGGUGGUGUGUUUGCUGGUCUCCUGAGGCUUGACCUGAAUGAGGAUCCUCUCAAGGAAUGGAUCACUCAAACAGUAGAGGCUUCUGGAAUAGCUGAGGAAAACUGCACUGAAGAAUCUAGUGUGGGAAGUCAAAAUGAUGCACCUCAACAAAUUGAGAUUGAGGCUAAUCAGGCUGUUGGGCGGUGCUUUCCAACUAAUCCACUGAUGGACACGGAUCUAGGAGGUAUGGCUUGCAGAAUAUCCUUCGCCUGAGUCUCCAGCUCCAACAUGCGCGCGAGCUGUUAUGGCGUAGUGUGGUUGGCGCUCCGGAACUAAAAAAAUAAGAUUCGUUAUUUUUAGACAUCUCAAUAUUUAUUUAUGAAUUUAUUAAUAUUUAACAUAU